UUUCUAUUGCCUCUUCUCGGCUCAUGAAGUAGGACGAAGCGCUAGACGUCAGCGUAACACGCAUUAAAUUCUGCGAUGGCCUCCGUUGAGCUGAAACACACCGAUGCACCGACGAUCCCGGAGGUCGAAGACCGUACGACGGAGAACAACGGUGCCUCGCACGACCUGAAAACAUCGGAGACCAAUCGCAGACCUCGCAGGAAGCCCUCGAGGUUCCGCAAAAUCCCCCGCAGCCUUGCCGACGACAAAGAGAACAAAGGUCCUCGCAUUGCUAAGGGGGGCCGUCAAAGAACGACAUCGGUAUCCUCGGCGACAUCCGGGCGUUCUCAACGUCGCGGGGCCAAACCUGCCCGACGCAGAACCCCAUCGGAAGCGUCCACAAUUUCGGAAGCAAACGAAGCUUCACCUCUACGUAAACUUCGCGAUACUGUCAUGGACAAGUUCCAAAAGAAAGGCCUAAACCUCCUUAACUCGUACAUCAAAAACAGAAUGGAAUUAGCGAAAUUCGAUAAUACGACCAAUUUCCUCGAGCGUUGCGAUGUUCUCCAAGUUGUACCAAAUAAGUACAGACUCUCUAACCCGCACAUCAAGAAUACAAAGCAUGUGAUCCGCACGCUGGACCGCUUCUCGUUUAAACUUAUGUUCGCCGAUCUGAAGUACAAUCGUAAAAGGCGCUUCCAGGUGAGCAAGCUUUUAAGUGAGAAGGAGGAGCGAAUGCGGACAAUGUUCGGCGACGACCUCGUUACCGAAAUUCUCAAAGUCUCUAAUGAGGCGUUCGAGCGACGCUUCAACCGUAUCCGCGAGCAGCAAACGAAGAUCUUCGAGUCAUUGCUUAAGGAGUAUGGUAUCGCCGAGGAUGAGAGGGCUGAAAGCGAAGAACGCCUCAAUCGUAUUAAGGAACGCGAAAGGACUCGGCAGGAGAAACGAGUUCAGGAAAAAUUACGUGUUGGUGACAAAGAGGGAAAAAAUGAAGAAGACGAUAAGGAGACCAAGGACGCCAGGGGUGAUAUUAUUAAGAAAGAUGCCAAUAAAGAGGAUCCCGAGACAAAGAGCUCUUCCGCUGUUCAAAGCGCUGAUAACGCCUCAAACAGCGAAGACAUUAAAAGAAAGGAUGUUGGCCAAGGGGAGUAGAAUAACGGCUUCAUCAAAAGAAGCACAGCAGGUGUUUAACCGCGAAGUAUUGAAACCAAUAGCUGCUACACUCUGCUAUUAGUUUGCAGAAUUUCACGGCUCAACGCCUACUGCGCCUACUGCAGCAACGGUUGUGAGCUGGUGCGCCCCGGAACUAAGGUGCAAUAGCAUGUUGUAAUGCAACGAUUGAUAUGUGGUUCAUGGCGUUUGGCCGGUCGUUCACCCAUACGUUGUUACUGCAAUAAAAAAGGAGAAAAGGAUCCGC